AGUCACUCCUAGGACACUGAUCUCAGGGCAGUUUUGUAUUUUCUUCUUGGUGUUUUUUGUUAGGGAUUUUUGAAGGAUCAGCUGAUCCUAGAUCUGUGCCAAAGGGCAGACUCUAAAAGAGUUUGUUUGUGUCACAAGAGGAAAAGAAAACGGUUUCCUGUUCUCAGCUUUGGUCGUACUGUACCAGCCAUCUGCUUGACAGACACAUCAUAGCAGCCACCCAAUAGAAGAGUGAAGUACAAUGGGAGGAGCUCGGGUGAACAUAGGUGUGUAGCAUAACAAACUGUGCUCAUGGUGCAUGUCACCUGUUGCAACCUAGAGGAAGAUCAUCACAUGGUUCAACAAGCAAAAACAGGAUAUUCUGGUGGUAACAAGUGUUGGAAGAGAACAGGACUGGUUGAGACCACAGGACCGUUGGUGGCCUACACUUCCUCAUUGAGAGUAGGAACCGUGAACAAGAACACAAGGCUCUGCCCCUGUUCAGCAUCUCAUUCACAGACAGUCUACAGAGGAACUCUGCAGGAUUUUAACAUACCUCCGCUGGAGGGAGGAACUAGUUAUCCACCCAGCUAUUUAUCUGAAAUUACUUUCAUUUAGCUGGUAGUUACUGUGCUGUAAUUCAGCCAUGCAGUAAAAGGAACUAAUCCUCAAGAGGACCUGUGAGAGCAACGUUGGAAGAAAUUCAUGCAACUUUCGUGGCCCUGGAUCUCUUGAAACACAAUAAACCUGUGAUUUGAUACCUAGAACUUAGAUACGGUGCUCUGGAACAUAAAACCUAAAACGUGUGUUGUGGAGCUUUUGGGAUCAUGACAUCGUAAAACUGCUAUUAGAUUCUUCUGGAAUGUCUGCCAUGCUGCAGCAGACAGAACUCAUCUUUGAGUUUGCCAGUGACCGUGUAAACAAUGGACCACAGCCGGAUGAGCACUUGGCCUACCCUGCAGUGAUUGUGGAGCAGGUCCCACACUCCCACUUACUCUCAUACUCAGGCUUGGCCUGUGAGCAGACACACACAGAUGACCAAUUGCUAACAACAGUGGAGGGAGGUGAGAGUGGAGAAGAGGAAACCAUGGAGACAUUGGUGGCAGCGGGGAAUCUUCUAAACAUGGACUCCCCUGACUCCUUCUCUUUGGACCAACAACAUUACACCCAGCUGUAUGUUCCUUCUCUAAGCGAUGUAAUUUCUUCACCUGUUACCCACCAAUUGACGGUGGCAGCGGAGGGCAUUGUGGGAAGUUUGGGCCAGCCCCAGUGGGUUUCAAUGCAGAGGGAGACUGUUUCUGAGAAACCUAAGAAGAAGAGAGGUAAAAAAUCCAAAAGGCCCGAAUCCCCUACGCCAGACAUCACAUUCAAGAGGGGCAAAUACAGCAAAGGUAACACAAUGUAUCUGUGGCAGUUUCUGAUUGAGCUUCUCCAGGACCGACAGGCCUGCCCCCGCUACAUCAAAUGGACCAAUCGGCAUGCAGGGAUCUUUAAGCUGGUCAACUCUAAGGCUGUGGCUCGACUCUGGGGAAAACACAAAAACAAACCAGACAUGAACUAUGAGACCAUGGGCAGAGCACUAAGGUAUUACUACCAGCGUGGGAUCCUGAACAAGGUCGAGGGCCAGAGACUGGUCUACCAGUUCGCCUCCCUGCCAAAGGACAUGGUCUUCAUCAGCGAUGAUGAAGACCAGGAGGACCAAGACAAUCACGAGGAAGAUGAUGAUGAUGUUGAUGACGCUGUACCAGAUGAUCCAGAGGACAGCCCACCUUCCAGUGACGAAUCCCUGGACGAUUUAGAAUCCUACAACCAUUCUUUCCCCACCCCUCCUGCUUCUAGGCCAAGCUACCAGCGGCCCAGACAAACCAGCACUAGUCCGGCAGCAGCCCAGCACCAGAGACACAACCCAAAACCCAAAUCUCGAACCCCAGCGUCUUCCCCAGCUCAGCGCAGGACAGUUCUCCGACCACCAGGAGGCAGUCUGAUCCAACAGCAGCAUCUUCCUAUAGUCUCGGCUGAGAUGCUGCGGACCCUGCAGAACGUGCAGUCCCUGCAGCCCGGUCAGCACGGUUCGGUCUUCAGAACGGCUCAGCUGCUGGGGAGUUUGUGUGAGAGACAGGCUGCUAGCGGAGGACAGGACAACAGCCAAGUGGUGACUCUGCAGCUGCAGCCCUUUACCUAUUCGCUCAAGCAGCAGGAGUUAGAGGUUCAGACAGAAGAUGAUCCAGACUUAGGACCGACUGGGAAAUAGGACACAACGAGGACGAGAUCUGGUCAGUGAUAUCACCUAGUAGUCCAGACAGCUGCAGAGGACUGUGACUGAAAAGGGAGACCUUAGAGAAUGAUAACAGACGGUUAUGAUGUAAAUUAUAUGUAUUUUACAGUUGUGACAAACCCUGAUGGGCAUUGUCUAUUACAUUCCCUCAAGAACGAGAGGAAUAAUAGAGAAAACCUACCAAACUGUCCUCCAUGUUGGCACCAAACAGUCCACAAUGUUCUAAUAGGCAUUUUAAUUAUGAUGUCAAUGAUUACCUUUCCAUCCAGAGUUUUUUAUGCAAGUAAAGUCAUAUGUCAAAAAAGAAAAUGAAAGCAGGAAGUGUCAGUGAACAUUUGUAUACAUGUUGACAGUUUCAUCCUUUAACAUGGUGGGAUCUGUUUUGCGUUGGUCAAAUUAAUUUUGUCAGCGACAGAAAUUCUGUUAUGCAUGAAAAUUGAUACAAUGAUCCUAUCAAAGAAAACGUGGAAGUCACCCACGUUGAAUAGUUAUCCGACUAACUCAGGGCAGUGUGUCAUGUUUUAGGCUACAGGUAUGAUUAACUUCACUGGGUUGCUUAAGUGUACAGUAAUGAGCUUGAUGCUCCUUUCCAGGAAAUAUUAGUCUACCCACAUUAUAGUUGGAGAUGUUGGCUAGUGAGUAUGUGCCAAGACUAGAGUGGGCACAUUUGCCGUUGAAUGCUAAAAUAUUAUAAAACGCGUGCAAGUUUCACUGGUUUGGUAUAACAAAUUAAGUGAAAAAUUACCUUUUAUUGUGGCUAUGUAAUACCAUGUUACUUUUCAUCCACAACAAACCCUUCUGUGGAAAGAUACCUCUGGUUUAUGCAGGUUUUAGAAUACUUGCAUGGAAAUCUUCAACUAAAUGGAAACCUAGCUAUUGUUUUAGAACUCUUGGCACCAACAUGGCAGCCAUUCUAAUUCUCCACCAAAGACCAAAGACAUGCACUGGAAUAUACAGCCACUCUGCAGAGCACCAUUCACUGCUCUGUGUAUGCACUGCAGCUCCACUGACUGUAUUGAAGCUUGUGCCCAAUUAUCUUUCUUUCUAUGUCCUUUGACCAUAUUUUUUGCACUUCCGUGUACCUUUCUUUGUUCCCAAUCUUCCCCUUACCUACCAAAGUCCCAUUCAUAUUUAAAAAAUUAUGUUUCAGCUUUGACCAAAUACAGGAUUAUUCUGUAACAUGCUAGCUUUCAACGUGUGGCUGCUUCACAUGCUGCUUAUGUGUGUCACUUGUUGAUCUUCUUUGCAAACACUUAUAUUGUCACAUGCCAGUGGAACACACCAUCAUUUCUGGAAGCCGGUAAACAUGUUCAGGGAAUACAUUCUGUAGAGAUUACUUCGCCUGUUAACCUCAAAAUAACAUUACAGGCUUUCUGUUACGUACAUAUUUAAAAAGAUAAAACAAAUUUAAAUUGAAAGGGAUUUUCUGUAUACAUUUUGUGCAGUGUUGGAAUUACGGCUUACUUUCAAUAUUUUGAAAUUAGAACUGUAGUUUUCUGUUGACACUGCUGAUGAUUUGGGGAUGAAAAGCUUAUCCUAUAUUUGGGGCACUUAUAAGGGACACCUGUUAGAAUUCCUCAUAUGAAUUUCUAAUAUGCUGUUGUAGUUAUGACUGUGCUUUCUGGGACCAUAUACUAUACUCUGUAUAUGCCAUAUUUAUUUAUGCUGUGAGAGUGUUAUCCAGGUCUGUGUACAGGUAGAAAACAGGUGUUCUCAAAUAGUAAAACCUGACAGAAUUGUUCCCAAAAGGUAUUUUUAGGGUUAGGAGAUAGGGAAUAUAUUUUUGAGUUACAGGUCCUCACAAGGAUACAAAAUCAAGUGGGUGUAUUUAAAAUUGCAGAUCGGCAUGACUUUUGUCUGACAGUUUUCUCCAUGGUUUGGAUGUCUUUUUUGCUGCAUAGACACAGUAUAUGGUCCCAGUUCCUAAUCUAACUCAUCUAUGAAAAGAUGAAAGAUUAUGUUACCCCUUUGGCCUACACUGAUAUAUGGUUAGUUUUGUUGACAAUGAUCUUCUACCUAAUCCCUUGUAAAGGCUUAAAAGGAUAUUUCAUUUAUUUAUUUAUUUAGCAGUAUAGACCUCUUAUUGAUAAAGUAGUGGAAACCGCAUAGUAUUUUGAUAUGGAUGUGUAGCCCACCAACACAUGAGAUUUCUUGUAGUGCUGUUUUGGAACAUAUUGUGAUGUAUUUUUGGUGAGUUCAUACACUACCACCUGUUUGCAAGUAACUAACUCUUCUGAAGAAGCUCAGGUAUAAAAGACCAAAACAAAUCUGGGUGAUCUUACAACACUAAAAGUAAGUGGAAAAGUUGGUUUAACAUGUAAAAACUGAAAUAUCCUUUUAAGACUUUCUUUGCCUAUAUAAAAAGAAAAUCAUAUGCAAUCUGUUCCUUUGAUAAUAUUGCCAUUUGCUUUUUGCUUUAGCUGGAUGGCUCUGAUAUGUUUUUGUUAUAAUGUGAGUAUAUCAUUUAUAAUGUAAUUUUGAAAAUAUUGUACCAGGCUUUUAUACCAGUGAAAAGAUGAUUUCUUUACAUAAAAUAAACAUUUUCAUUUUGUAUUAA